AUAUACAUACAAAUAUCUGUGUUUCGCUAUGAACAUCACCAUUUGCUGACCCAUGCUUCGGUGCGUCCUCUUUACGCUGCAUGCGACUUAUCCGGCAACCACAGUAAUUGCAAUGGUAUAAAGCCUUAAAUAAAAUGGCAUCACAACAACAGCUCCCAUCCACGAACUCUGCGCGACUAGCCAUUACGAGCCUAUGUAACGUACUGCGCAUGCACGGCGUGACCUGCUUGGAGCCAGAGACGAUCAGGCAGGCCAAGUUUGACGGCCCUGUGGCAGGUGCCUUAUGGCGAGGUCUUCACGACACAGUUCUGGUGGUGCUGGCAGGCUGCCCUGCCUGCCCCGCCAUCCCCCUUCAUCCCUCCUCCUCUGCCAGCGUGACUGCUGCGCUUUCCGGAGCGCUUUCACGGCAAUGGCGGCAAGUGGAGUUGGAACGGGCUGGAGGCGAGGAGGAGGAGUUCCCAGCUGAGGGCGUCUCCCUGGUCCUGCACCAUCUAGCAUCCUGGGGCGCACCGCCCCACCUGCUGCGCCUACUGCAGCCCCACCACCCUCCUCACCAUCCCAACCACCAGCAGCAGCAACAGCAGCUCCACCACCCCCCUGCCGGCGCCUGCUGGCGCUCCCGGCAGCUGCUGCUGGCGCUAGGGUGGUUGGUGGCGGCUGCGGGGCUGUUUGAAGCGCGUAUUGGGGAGCUGGAGCCCGGGUCAGGAGGAGGGGCAGCAGGAGCAGAUGUACGGGCGCUGCUGCCGCCGUACCCUCAGGACUCGUGUAACAGUCCUGCCGUACAUGCAGCGUACGAUACAGCCGCGAGCGAGGCACGUGACCACGUGCAGCGGCUGCUCCCAUCAACCUCACAAACCGCUGCUACAACCGCUACAAAUGCCGUACAGCAUCGUUGUCGUACUGUGAACACCCGCGGGGACCCCUUUGGCCCCGCUGCUGCUUCGCUGGCUGCGGAGGGUGUGUGGGGCGAGGUGGAGGUGGCGGCUCAACGAGCGGUGACGUUGUGUGGGCGGGUGCGGGCGCGCCUGGUUACUCUGCAGUCUGCUACCGACUGCCGCCACAGACUGCACCAUGCCAUCUGGGCACGCCAGGCGGCUGCCUCGCCCUCCUCACGCCCGCUCACGCCGUACGAACUGCAGCUUUGCGCCAACCCGACUGCCGUACAGCGUCACAUGGGGGCCCUGGAGUCGGCGACGCUAGCGCUUCUAGAACAGCAGGAGUUGGCAGCCCAUGGCGAGCUCUUCUUUGACUGGCUGGGAAGCGUGAUGGAGGAGGAGCAACAGGCGCAACAACAACAACGUCGGUGCCCUGGGAAGCAGCAAGGGACGAACACCCAGUCCUCAGGCGCUUCCAGCAGCGGUUCGUUAGCCUCUCUGGAGCAACUGCCGUACAUUGGCAGUACGGCAGGAUCACGGCUCGCCGCUCAUCUGGAGGCCCAACUGCAGGCUGCCGUACAAGCAGCAGAACCCGAGCUCUCAGCUGCUCGACGGAGAUCUGCCGCCAGCACUGCCGCAGCCACACCUGCGGGGGUCAGCGUGCAGCUCUUUCUGUCUCUGGCGGAGCAAGCAGUUUCGCAGCAAUCCGAAGGCUCCUGGCAACUUCCUCCAGGAGCCGACUCCGUGUGCCAACCUGCCGCACCUAGCAGCAACAGCAGCAGCGGUAGCAUGUACACAGCAUGUGGAGAAGGAAGCCUCGGUGGGGCGUUCCCGCCGCUUCCGCAGCCACCACCUCUCAUGGACGCAGCAGCUGCAGCUGCGGGUCCCUGGCGCCUGCCUGAGGACAUCGCCACCGCCCUCACCGCCGUCCAUGAAGCCCGCCGGAUACACCAGACAACAGCCGCCAAGGACUCCCAAUGCUUCAACCAGCUCCGGUACGCCUCGCUGCUACGAUACGAUUAUUCCGCCGGCUCCAGCGGAGGGCCAGGAGCAGGUGGGCCCCUGGCGGCGGUGUUGGCGGCGGCUGCCAACGGAACCGCCGGCGGCGGCGGAGGUGCACCCCUGGCGGCGGCGGCGGAUGAGACGCAGCGGUUGUUGGCGGCGGUGUUGGCGGCGGCGCGGCCGCUGGCGCGGACCCGGGCGGCGCACAAGGCGGCGUUGUUGGCAGCGUUGGGGGACUUGCCGGAGGGGUUCCUGGUGGCUGGGGUGUAGCUGGUGGUGGCGAUGACACUGGUGUCGUAAGCAGUGUUGUACUAGUUCUUACAAGCAGCAGCACCCACAUUGCAGCAACAGCAGCAGCAACAACACCCCUUUGCGGCCAUUAUGCCCGGGGGUGGUGGCCUGUUGCGAAGGAAUGUAACGAAAGCAGCUCUUCUUGGCGCGGUUUACGGCGCUUUAUAUGUCAGGUGCGGAGUAGCCGUGCCUGCACCGUGCCAUGAGCGUGGACAACCCCGGCAGCUGCGUUCACGGCUACGGUGCUGCAUGCCAGUUUGGGAUUACAGUGACGGUCAAUUCUUCAUGUUCAUGAUACAGACUGGGCCAGGUUGGUGUUCCCCUCACCAUUAAAAGGGCACACUCGCAUGAGUGUCGGGUCCCGUAUGUCCUCUACUGCUUCCAUGUACAACACGACAAUACAGUGUAGGGUUGGGUUCAGCGCCCGUCUUACCUUUUAGGGAG